GAUGGCGACGGCAUACGCACAAGCGAAAGGCUACGGUGCCGGCGGAAGGAAAGUGCUUUAAAGAGCCAAAAAUCCACCUUCGUUGCAAAGAUUUAGAAGUGCAAAGUGUGUCCGACAUUAAGUAGACAUGCUCUAGUCCAUGCACGGCUAGGAACAAAACGCCGCUGUUUUGCUAUGGAGCCUCCGGAUCGGAACAAACCCAGCAGACCGGGCAGGGGAAAUGCGUCCCAGCAGAACUCUGAGAUGGAUGACUCCUGGGACACGCCCAGUGAGGAAGAGGAAGUGAUUUAUGGCACAACACCUCCUUAUUCUGCACGUCAAAUAAAGCGCAUGCAUGGCAAGAAUCAGAAAGCUGGCCAAAGAAGUGCAGGUCGGUCUCCAAACAAAGAUGUUAGCCCCGCUGCUCAGAGAGACGGUCCCAAACCAGCAGAGACCCCUGAGGAUCACAACUACAAGCAGGGAAAGAAACAAAAGGCCACUCUCCGUUCUAUAGAAAGAGACCAGAAGAAGACCUUCGAAGGCUCUUUUAUAAUAGUAGAGCAUGCAAAGUCAAGCCAUUUUGGUCCCAUCAAUAUGGAUCCCAGGAAGCAUUACUUAAGCUUGGGCUGCAGCAGUGGUAAGCUACCUGUGAGCAUGCCCCAUAUAGCUCGAACCCAUCGGCAAACCUCAAGGACAGACUGUCCCGCUGACCGCCUCAAGUUCUUUGAAACUCUGCGUCUGCUACUUAAGCUAACAUCUAUGUCCUCUAAGAGGAAGGAGAAGGAGCAGAGAGGCUUGGAGAACAUGGCUUUUAUGGGUCACAACAAUGAGGUCAUUUGGUUGGAGCUGCAGGCUUGGCACGCACGCCGUUCCACCCAUGACCAAGACCUUUAUCUUUUCACUGCCCGUCAAGUCAUCCCUGACAUCAUCAACAAAGUGCUGCACUUUAAGGUAAACUAUGGCAGCCUGAGAGGAGCUCAGUGUUCAGAGGCUCAAACAGUCCAGGGGAACUGUCAGAAUGUUCCACAUCUUGUUUCUGGAGAUGAGGAGGUUCCUGUAGCAAAGACCAACCACUGUGGAUUAGAUCACUGGGGCUUCAGUGCCUCAUCGUCUUCAGCAAUGAAUGCAGCAGAGCCUCUAGGUUCUGGCACUGAUUGCAAGGAGCAUCUUCAAUGCCAACGGCUAGCCUUUGAGCAGGUCAAACAGGUUAUGGAACUGUUGGAAUCUGUUGAAGCUUUGUACCCCUCAUUGCAGGCGUUACAGAAGGACUACGAUAAAUAUGCAGCUCGAGACUUUCAGGGCAGGGUGCAGGCACUCUGUCUGUGGCUCAACAUCACCCAAGACCUCAACCAGAAGCUGCGUGUUAUGGCCACCGUGUUGGGCCUACAUGACUUAUCCCGUAUCGGGUGGCCUGUCUUUGAGAUACCCUCACCCCGCUGCUCCCGUGGAAAUGAAGAUGAUAAUGAGGAAGAUGGGGAAAAUGACUCUACGGCUACUUUUACACCUGAAAGUGACCGAGAGGACCGAGAUGUCGAGGAGGAGGAGCAGGAGGAAGUUGAGCACAUAACGGAGGGAGAGCUUUCUCCCACCUUGACUCCUAAAUUUGCUCGACUGCUGUCAGAGGAGGAGUUUCUCCCAACUGCUACUGCUAGAAAUUCAGAAUUGACUGCAAUAGGAGAAGUUUUCUGCCCCACAGCCAUUUACAGACCAUUUGUGGAUAAAGCUUUGAAACAGAUGGGACUGCGUAAAUUGAUACUUAGACUACACAAACUCAUGGACCGAUCUCUUCAGAGGGCCAGAGCAGCGCUGCUUCGACACACUCCUGCACUUGAGUUUGCAGACUCCCCAGACCCCAUGAUGUACAGUGAUUACCUGCCAGAGCUGUCACACCACGUAUUGUCUACCAGUUGUCAAACUGAUCCCAAGUUAGGAGCCGACCAGGUGUCCUGGGAGGAUUUGCUGAACAUGGAUCUCCCGUCCUUCCAGCCAGCAUUCCUCAAGCUGUGCAGAGUCCUCCUCAACGUUAUUCACGAAUGCCUUAAACUACGACUUGAACAGAGGCCGGCUGGAGACCCUUCGCUGCUCAGUAUCAAGCAGUUGGUGCGUGAAUGUAAAGAGGUUCUUAAAGGAGGCCUUCUGAUGAAGCAGUAUUAUCAGUUCAUGCUUCGUGGCGUGGGGACUGAUGCUCAAGGCUUGCAAACAAAUGCCAAUAUUGACGAGUUUGAAGAAGACCUUCACAAAAUGCUAGUGGUUUAUUUUGAGUAUAUGCGCAGUUGGAUCAAGAUGUUACAGGAGUUGCCUCAAGCCUCCCACAGCUUAAAGAACCUCUUAGAGGAGGAAUGGAACUUCACUAAAGUCAUCACUCCAUACAUUCGUGGAGGGGAGGCCCAGUCUGGGGAACUUUUCUGUAACAUUGCUGGCAUGCUGCUGGAGUCCACUGGAGAGUUCCUUGAUGCUGGUUUGCAGAAAAGCGGGAAUCAGUUCUGGGAAAGCGCUGAUGACAACACAGCUUCUGAUGAGAUCAGGCGACCAGUUAUUAAAACUAGUCGGUCACUGAAAGAGCUGUUCCACGAGGCCCGGGAGCGAGCGUCAAAGGCUCUGGGCUUUGCCAAAAUGCUCCGCAAGGAUUUGGAGAUAGCUGCAGCUUUUAGCAUUGCCAGUGGGGUGUCUUGUCUUCUGAAGGCUCUGAAAAAGGGAAACUAUGUCAAGGUUCAGAUACCAGGCUUGGAAGAGCUUCAGGUGUUUGUUCCCAGUUGCUUAAUGGAUCAGCGGCCUCUCAUUCUUCAGCUUCUGAAUGCUGCUGCUGGCAAAGACUGCUCAAAAGAGCAUGAUGAAAUUGUAGAGUUUGAAGCCUACCUGCUCAUGAGCAAACAUGGAGCCGGGGACUCGAAUACAGAUUCUGACUGGGCUCAGUGGGACGGUGAGCUGCUCAAACUGGUCCCACAGAUGGAAACCGUUGACACUUUAAAGGCCAUGAAGGUGGAGAAUUUGCUCCUAAUUGUGAUGCAGUCAUCUCAUCUGGUGAGCCAGCGGAAGGCUUUUCAGCAGUCCAUGGAGGAUGUGCUUACUCUUAGCCGAGAGCAAACAUCAAGUCAGCCUCUCAUUGCUAGCGCUCUUGAAGAUUUGAAGAACAAAGCCCUGCAGCUGUGUGUCAAGAUAAGCACAGCAAUUGACCAAGUGGAGUACAUGUUCACCACAGAGUUUGAGGCGGAGGUGGAGGAUUCUGAGUCGGCUACUCUGCAUCAGUACUACAGGGAGGCGAUGAUCCAGGGAUACAAUUUUGCCUUUGAGUACCACAAGGAGGUGGUUCGCUUGAUGUCAGGGGAGUUCAGACAGAGGAUCGGUGAACGCUACAUAGCUUUUGCGCAGAAAUGGAUGACGUAUGUUCUGACCAAAUGCGAGAGUGGCAGGGGCACCAAGCCUAGGUGGGCGACUCAGGGUUUUGACUUUCUUCAGGCCAUCGAACCAGCCUUUAUAUCUGCCUUACCAGAGGAGGAUUUCCUGAGCUUGCAAGCCUUGAUGAAUGAAUGUAUUGGACAUGUGAUUGGAAAACCUCAUAGCCCAGUUACUGGCAUCUACAUCCCUCCCAGGAAUAGUCCUCGUCCUGUGAAAGUUCCUGCCCCUGUGCGCUGUCAUAGUGAUCCACCGAACCCCAAUUUGUUUAUUCCCAAUGCUGAAGGUUUCAGCUCUCGAAGUCUUCCCUGCGAUCUUCGGAACCAGCUAUUCCCCAAUGGCCCUCGGCCCGUCCCUCAGGGCCCAGGGGAACAAAGCCACAUGAAAGCACUUGGCAGCAGCCCCAGUGAAGUCAGAGGAUCCAAUUUCCAUGAGAAUGAUCGUCUUUCUUCGGUGGCAGCAGAGUUGACGUUUAAAUCCCUGAGCCGCCACUCCAGUCCCACUGAGGACAGAGAAGAACCUUCAUACCCAAAAGGAGAUCCAAACAGCGCCGCACGCAGAAGCUGGGAGCUCCGCACCUUCAUCAGCCAGUCCAAAGACAUGGCAGCGCGACAAAGCCCAAUGGAGGCCGUCCGUCGCUCCAUUCGUAAGUUCGACGAGAAGCGGUACGCCUUGAUGAAGCAACGCAACAUCAUAGGUCAAGUGUGUCACACGCCCAAGUCCUACGACAACGUCAUGCAUGUUGGACUCCGGAAGGUGACUUUCAAGUGGCAGAGGGGCAACAAGAUAGGUGAGGGCCAGUAUGGAAAGGUGUACACCUGCAUCAGUGUUGACACUGGAGAGCUGAUGGCUAUGAAGGAGAUCCGAUUCCAGCCAAAUGAUCACAAAACCAUCAAGGAGACGGCAGAUGAGCUGAAAAUAUUUGAAGGCAUCAAACACCCAAACCUGGUGCGAUACUUUGGAGUUGAGCUGCAUCGGGAGGAGAUGUACAUCUUUAUGGAGUACUGCGACGAGGGAACGCUGGAGGAGGUCUCCAGACUGGGACUCCAGGAACAUGUCAUCAGGCUUUACAGUAAACAGAUCACCACAGCCAUCAAUGUUCUGCACGAGCAUGGCAUUGUUCACCGUGACAUCAAAGGGGCCAAUAUCUUCCUGACAUCAUCUGGCUUGAUUAAGCUGGGUGACUUUGGCUGCUCGGUCAAGCUGAGGAACAAUACUCACACCAUGCCUGGGGAGGUGAACAGCACUCUGGGAACAGCAGCGUACAUGGCUCCUGAAGUCAUCACAAGAGCAAAGGGGGAAGGUCAUGGGCGCGCAGCAGACAUCUGGAGUUUGGGCUGCGUCCUCAUUGAGAUGGUGACUGGAAAGAGGCCCUGGCACGAGUACGAGCACAACUUUCAGAUCAUGUACAAAGUGGGCAUGGGCCACAAACCUCCCAUCCCCGAAAAGAUCAGCACAGAGGGGAAGGACUUCCUCGGCCACUGCCUCGAGAGCGAACCGAAACGUCGCUGGACGGCCAGCAUGCUUCUCGAUCACCCGUUUGUCAAGGUUUGCACAGACGAAGAGUGACGUCUCUUUGGCUUUUUCGCUUACAAACCGAAGCACUACUGUACACGCUGGUGGCAAAAGAAGAAGAAAAUACUGUGGAUGUGAAGACGACGGAUGAAGGCACAUGGAUUUAAACUGAGGAACUAAUACGAUAUCAUUUCAGAGGACAACUUAUGAAAUAAAUUUAAUGUCUUUAUGAUGGUCGGGGGUGGGACUGUACAUACUGUAAGAAGAGGAUUGGCCUUAAACCCUGUAUAAAAAUAUUGUAAAGUUAAUUAUUGCUAGAUUUGUUUGUUCUCACUGGUA